AUGGACCUUGAAAGGCAACUUCGGGCAGCCAGGCAAGAACUUCAAGACCUCAAGCAAGCGCUACCACCACUUCCAUCGGCAAUCGAGCUUCAUGACGAAAUCGUUCAACAUUGCCUUGAUUUUCAUGACUGUACCCAAUCUGUCAGAACGUUAGAAAAUCGCGUUAAACAACUUCGUAUUUCUCGUGAACCGUUGAUUUCUCGAAUUCAUGAAGCUGAAUAUCUCGAGUUGAAAUCUGAUCAUUUUCUUCUGCGCUUGCUUUCCUUGGUCACUCAGUUACGGACUUUAUUUGAUCUCUCUGCCAUUUUACUGGCAACAAAGCGCGCGACCGACGAGGAAUGGUCAGCUCUGAUGAAUGCACCCCACAAGACGAGCACCGACGAGCCGCUUGUGGUAAAGCUGAGCACCAUCGAGGAUAUUACGAACGAUCAGUUCCACAAUAUCGUCAAGAUCCAAGCGGCAGUAAGGGAUUUGCGCAGGUCAUACAAGUAUGAAGAAAGGCAAGAUAGGAUUUCGUUCGAGGAAGAGGUGCUGAACCGGUUGGCACGUAUGGAACGGAUCAUCGUUGAGUCACGGGAUCAAAUCCUGCAAAGGCUGGGUCUCCAACAAGAACCCCAUCCAACGGAGGGACAGGUUUCUGUAUCAAUGCAGUACCAACAGCCAAACGAGAAAGUCGUACACGUAAAACCGGAAGAAGAGGAUGCGCAAAGCAAGCUUUUGAACCCUUCAAACGAAGAAAUGGAUGCAGAUGGCGAACAGGGUAAGGAGCUUCCUGAGCUGGUAGAAGACGAGGAAUAUGACUCGGAUAGUAAUCAUGAAAAUAGACAUACUUCGCCGGAAGAUGAUGAACAUGGGUCAGAAUAUGACCCAGAGGAUCGCGGUGAGGAGAGCGAAAAUGGGAUGAAAGAGAGCCCGGGAGAUCGCGAUGAAGGUGACGAAAGUGGAACCGACGACGACUCAGAGAAUGACGCCAAGGAGAGGGAAAGGGGGCAGGUGGCUCACCCAGAAGAUGAUCUUGAGGAAGGUGAACAUGAGGAAGAACCAGACACCGAUAUAAAACCGAACAUGAGAAACAAAUCCUCAGAUGAUCAAGGGCGCAGAAUAACCGCAGAGAUUCGAAAAGAAGAGCAGGCACUCCGCCGCUUUGACGAGAUCAUCAGACAGCUCAAAGAAGAGCCCCUGUGCCCUCCGAGAAGGUACAUCAGUGGGGUACCUAGAGAAAUAGCUGCGAAAGUUCGUUGCGCCUUCUGCGGAGUUGUGGCUCACCAUUAUUCUGACGCCUGCGCAAGGGUGAGGAGUGUGAAGGAGCGCCGAGAUCUGGUGAUAACCUACGCCAGGUGCGAGUAUUGUCUGGAGCGCCAUUGCACCAAAGACCGAGCAUGCAAGAAAUACGACCUGAAAUGUUACCACUGCAGGAGGAGGGGUCAUCAUUCGGCGCUUUGUGAGUUGCCGGAACGCAGUGAGAAAAUUCGAAGAAGGAUCGAAGAAGCGAACAAGAGGCAAGAGUAUUGCCACGACAGAACUUCGGCGCCUGCAUCGAGAACUGAUCUGGAGUCAGAUGUAACUCCACCGCUCUCAGAUUUGCCCCACUUAACCAGCUGUUGCCUUCUACUUCCCUUUCUUGCUCUUAUCUUGUUCAUGACUCUCUUAGCCUUGCUUUAA